CUUUCUUGUUUCCAUCAUGGGCUGUGGAUCAACUUGAUUUCGUACCAUGGCAAGAGCAAAAAAAGCCCGCUCACAGAAUGCUCCCAGUAUCACAAAGAAUGCCACACCCAGCGCGGUGAAGACUCCAGGCUACAAGCUUGGGAUCUUCUGGUCUCUAAUGACCCUUUUCGUCGCCAUAUUCUUUGCUUUCUUAUAUGAUGUUUAUUUCAACCAAAGAAACAGUCCUCCGUUUGAGGUAGUUGAUCUACCUGGGAAGGGUAAAGGUGUAGUUGCUACACGAGAUAUCCAGCGAGGUGAACUGGUGAUUCGAGAGAAGCCUUUGUUUAUUGUGCCCUACUCUACCUCUGAUUCGCCUGCUGCACUGAUUUCGCAUCAUGUCAAGUCGUUGAAAGACUUGGGCUAUCACGCAUUUUUCAAUCUCUCUUACGUUAACUUUCCUAAGGACAUGGAUCCCGAGGCACAUCGAGACGAGGUUGCCUUAGCUAUAUUCGAGACCAACGCUGUUGCAGCCGGAGAGGGUAUCGGAAUAUUCCCUCGCAUGGCGAGGUUGAAUCACGGAUGCUCCAGCGCGUUUAAUGUUGUCUAUUCUUGGCGUCCAGCAGAAGGCGAAAUUGUUGUACAUGCUCUACAAAAUAUCUCCAGAGGCCAGCUUUUAACAACGUAUACGAACACAAAGCAACCCAGAAAAGAACGAAGGGAGUUUCUUUUAGAGCACUACGGGUUUGACUGCACGUGCUCGGUCUGUUCUCUCCCCCCUUCCCAAUCUCACGCAUCCGACGAGCGUUUGAACUCAAUCUCUGCGUUAUACAAGCUAUUCUCUACAUGGGAGACGCAUAGCAUCAGCGGCGCUGAAGCGAUUGAUGUUGUGAGGCGCAUCUGGACCUUGACAAAUGAAGAAGGGUAUUUCAGCGAACGCGGACAGUUAUUUGCUGAUGCUGCCCUGGUGGCGUUGUCUCACUCUGACGCUUCCGCUGCACGAGCCUGGGCCAAGGCUGCUGCCGAAUGGUAUGGGUACGAGCUGGGACAAGAUUCUGAACAGGUGGCGAACAUGGGUGCUAUAAUUUCAAAGCCUGAAGUGCACCAUGCGUGGGGAACAAGAGUUCACCUAAUAGUCGGAGGUCCAUGAUGGAAAUUAACUAUCCUCCACUGUCUUGUAACGUGUACAU